GAGACUUUUAUCCGCAAAAAUCAAGACCUUCCUUCUUUGAUCAGAGAUGAAUGAAGUCCAUAAUUAUAACUCUGAACUGGUAAAGCAUGGUACUGCUCCACAAUGGCAAAAGAGAAAGUCUACAUUAAUCACAAGGAAACGUGGAGAAAACCCAUCUCCAUUUUUCGUAGCCCGUGCCAUUGCUGUAGCUAUGGGGAUCCAUUUCAUUAUAAUGGUAAUGAUAUGCGGUGCCAUAAUCGUACAUUCAUUAUUCAACCAAGAAGCUCCAAUUUCUUUGCAAGAAUGUUAUUGUGGCCCAUGUCCUAAAAACUGGAUAUGCUAUAGAAAUAACUGCUACCAAUUUUUUAAUGAGAGCAAAAGCUGGUACCAGAGCCAAGCUUCUUGUAUGUCUCAAAAUUCCAGUCUCCUGAAGAUAUACAGCAGAGAGGAUCAGGAUUUCUUUAAAUUGGUGAAGUCAUAUCAUUGGAUGGGACUAAUACAAAUUCCAGCAAAUGGAUCUUGGCAGUGGGAAGAUGGCACCAUUCUCUUGCCCAGCCAAUUAACAAUGGUUGAAAUGGAGAAUGGAACUUGUGCGGUUUAUGGAUCAAGUUUUAAAGGUUACACCGAAAACUGUUUAACUCCAAACACAUACAUCUGCAUGCAGAGGAUUGUGUAAAAGCUUAUGAUUUAUAAAAAUAAAAAGAAUUCAAAAAC